AUGAAAUAAUAACCUAAUUAUCAAAGCUUUACAAGCAUUUUCGAUCGUGAGCAAUCGGUGACAUUUUGGGAACCAUUACAACAACCACUUCAUGCGGAUAGAUUGCUCUAUAAGGGCAAAUUUUUUGAGUUCACUGGAAAUGUGUGGGUUGAAGACCAUUACGACCUUUAUCCUGAAGUGUUAUGUAAAAGCUAAUAUUACAUGCAAUUGGCCGGAGUGUAGAUAAGAAGACUGAAACCAACUGAGACCUAUGGACCACACAAAUAUGGAUUAGGCUUCUUAAAAGGGCCGUAUAGGUUGUUGUUAUAUACCGAAUCGGUUGAAUAACUAAAUUAAUGGUACUAACUCCAUAGAGUUUAGGCAUGACUACUUGAAAAGACUUUGUCUAUUGCCCAAUUUUAACAAACGCCAUAAAUUAAUGGGUAAGAUUAAGAAUUCGCUUAACUUUUAUGAUUGCUAUAAAUGUAUAAAUGGAUAGCAAUAUUAGGUCAAGAUCUUAGAAAAAUCUCAAAUUACGCAAACAAAAUAAGUUAUAAGAGAAAUUUAAAUUUUGCGUCGUUUAAAUCAUCCUUAAAUCUAAAAAUUAUUAGAAGUUUAUGAGGACAGCAAUACUGUCUAUAUUUUAUUUGACAAAUUCCUAGGCCAUUCAUUAAAAACCAAACUCCCCGAGUAUUGGAAGUAACAAAGACAAUUUAUUUUAGUUUAUCUGAAAAACAAAUGGCAGAGGUCUGUUUCAAGUUAUUAAAUGCAUUGGCACAUAUCCAUUCAAAAAAUAUAAUCCACAAAGACAUAAGGCCAGAGAACAUAAUUCAACUCAACUCUUAAUUAACUAAUCUGGUAAUAGCUAAUUUUGCAAGUGCGGAUUCCAAAGAAAAGGGCAAAAAAAGAAAGGUUUUCAAUCCUGGCUUUAUGGCUCCAGAACUAUUCUAAAAUAGAAACUUUGACGAUAAAAUUGAUAUAUUCUCCUUGGGUGUUAUAUUCUAUGGGAUCUUCUAUUGCAAAUACCCAUUUGAAGGUAAAGAUUUUAGAGACACUGCAUCUUUAAAUGAAAAAUGUGAAAUCAAUUUUGAAUACCCUAAGAAGUUAUCCUCCUCUGCCAUUGAAUUAUUAUAGGGAAUGUUAAAAAAAGAUCCUACCUAAAGAUUUAAUGCCCAAACUGCGUUAAAACAUCAUUGGUUUAUUAAUGCAAGAAGCAAAGAAUAAAUGAAGGGGAAUAUGCUCGGGGCACCUUCACUUUCAACAAUCCAAGAAAAAUCAGAAAUAGAUAUCUCAAUGUAAGAGCGUUAAUUUAGCAAAUAAUAAUCUAAAUUAAGAGCAAAAUCUGUGGAUACAUUAUUCAUUACAGAAGCAAAUGAGAUAGAACAAAUUCCACUUCAUCAAAAAAUACAAAAAAUGACAAUUAUUUAAUUUAAUCCAUCAAAAUCUAACCAUUGA